AUGAGAGAAGAAAUUUCCGGUCAUUGGAAAAGUAACACGAAUACACAUCAUCACUCUAUUGGCUUAUCGAUAGGAUUGGACAUUGAGAACCGAUCACGGCGAGCGGGAUCAACAUCGCCAGGUCAUGCGUCAGCACCUCCACAAAAGAACGUAUCAGUACUCACUGAGAACGAAUGCCAGUCGAUCACCAGCCCCGAUGGAACAGUGAUACAACUCGUACCUAAACUCAUUCCCAAACUACGAGGUCGUCUUCCGGCGAGUAUGGGCAGCAUUGGUCGACAUCUCAUAUGCCAUUUACCAGGGGGUGCGUGUGCCCUCAAACCGUGCAGCAAUGGAGGAAUCUGUAUGGAAGAGGGAAACGGGUACACGUGUUCAUGCGGUACAGAUUUCACGGGGACCAACUGUGAAACAGCUUUGAUUACAGGUUUGGACAUUGAGAACCGAUCACGGCGUGCGACAUCAUCAUCGCCAGGUCAUUCGUCAGCACCUCCACAAAAGAACGUAUCAGUGCUCGCUCAGAACGAAUGCCAGUCCAUCACCAGCCCCGAUGGAACAGUGAUACAACUCGUACCUAAACUCAUUCCCAAACUACGAGGUCGUCUACCAGCGAGUAUGGGCAGCGUCAGUCGCCAUCUCAUUUGCAGCUUACCAGAAAUAACUAUUUUGAAAGAGAGCAUCGCGAACACGGAAAUGGAAACAGUCAGCUCACGUACAAUUGACUAUGGAACAACAGCCACUGAAUUCACUACUACACUAGAUAGCACGGUGAUUACAAUUGCUGAUAUGACUACUACGCUAGGUACCACGAAGAUUACAGCUGCGGAAGUAGCUAGUAAUCAAGAUAGCACCUCGAUGUCCAGUAUGGAAACAGCAGCGACUGCAUCGACCGCAAAAAUGAUCGUGACGGAUCCAAUCACUCCGUACAAAAUUUUUCUUGCUGAUCUCCAUGAAGAUUUAAACUUCACCUCUAUCCCCUCCACAAUGGAGGCCAGUUUCGUCACCUAUGACACCGUAGAGAAGAAGGUGUACUGGACUGACACCGAAGUACACCAAGUGUAUCGUGCUGGCACUGAUGGGCAAAACAAGGAACCUGUCACCCAUCAAGCCCAUGUUGAAGAAAACUCCAGUCCAAGAUCAAUUGCACUUGCGGAAUCAUUAGGAAUUCUCUUCAUCGCGAAAACAGGAAGAAUGAUAACGACUUUGGAUGUUAGGAAUGGUAGCGUAUUUCCAAAGAAUGAGACUGAUUUCGUGAGCGGAUUUGCUUCCUUUCCUCGGGCUUUGGUAGUGGACGAGGAGCAAGGGUGCGUGUUAUCCAAAAUGGGUAUUCCGAGCUGA